AUGCAUUGCAUUUUCAACAUUUCUUCUGCAUGUGUUUAUGGAUGGCCGACGUAUUUGCUUCAUAAUUGUAGUCUGAGAGCUGUAUAUCGUCUAUUCCGUAAGAUGCAAUGUUGCGGGCAGUUACGGUGUGAUCAGGUGCUAAUCAUCGAGGAUAAUUGCUGCUUCUGUAACACAGCAGCCUUCACACUAGCCACAGAAGAGAAGAAUGUCGAUCUGUUCUUCGUCUCGUUUCGUAACGGACUCUAUGAGGUGCCUUUUGUUGUACUUGCUGAUCAUGAGACUCGUAGCAUUGUCAUCACAAUUCGUGGAUCGUGUUCGUUGGUGGAUCUCGUUACCGAUCUGUGUCUAGACGACGAAGUGUUGUCGAUAGACGUCGACGCUGAUCCUCUACUGCGAACAGACACCACGUUAGACGCAGAAGGGGAAGUCAGGGUUCAUAGAGGCAUGCUUAUGAGUGCAAGAUACGUCUUCGACACACUCAGGAGCAUCAUUGGCUCGAAGAUUGGCGGUGUUGAACACAAACUAUCAACUUGUGGUUUGCGGACAUUCUCUAGACAAGAAUACCCAGAUGUUCGAUGUUUUGCGUUUGCUCCACCAGGUUGUGUGAUAAGCGAGAACGGUUUACAUGAGAUGGAACAACAUGUAAUGAGCAUUGUCAGCGGCCAUGCAAACGACUGCGCAUUCAAAGUGGCGGCGGAAUUAGAUGCCUGUACAAAAGCGAAGUAUGAAAUCCUGAUCCGUGGAAUCUUCCGGAUCUUCUUCAGUCCAUCGUGGGAGAGCGGUCCGCUAUCUGGAAAUGGCCCCGUAACGGAUCGUGCGAAUCUCAUCACCGAUGGCCCAAAUCCAAACGGAACGUACGGUACAGCUGGCAAUGUUGCACCAAAUACGGCCACAAUAGUGACGAUGGUAACAAAUGAACGGCUGGCUUCAAGAGUAGAGCUGUUCGCACCAGGGAAGCUGUUGUACAUUGCCGAGGACGAGAGCCUGGAGGAUGGGAUAGCAAGUCAAUGGAUUGAUCCGAAGUGCCUGACAGACGUGAAAUUGACAGCGUCGGCCCUGACCGAUCACCUACCGAAGAGCAUCGAACGCAUGCUUAAAAAGGUGAUCGAGGUGGGAGACCAUGGCUCCGCCCGCCACGACACUACCUCCGAGACGACCAGCACCAGUCCUACGGUUGUUGCGACGGCCGUCACCUCCGAGACCGGCAGCCAACACAGCUCACCUCGAGUCAUGAAUGAUGUGGAUUUGAGUCAUGCGAGUGUUGGCGACUUGGUCUUUUUGGCCAAAGACUCAACUGCGUGUUCGUUCGAGCAAGCGGUGAGCGACGUCGCCGCGUCUCCAUACUACCAUGUGGCGAUAAUCGGGCGCGACAAGCGAUUCAUACACGCGACACCGCGCGGCGUCGAGUGCCAGACGGUGGACGAGUUCGUCGCCGAAUUCCAACCGCAUCGCCUGGAAAUCGUUCAUGUUGUUGCGUCUGACAAAGCAAAAUAUGAGGCGGCUGCCUUUGCCGAAUCGAAAGUGGGCUUGCCGUACAACGACAUAUUUAGUCCAGAUCACAUAAACUCCAAUGGACAAGAGUCGUAUUACUGUAGUCAGCUGGUAACAGAAGCCUACAAUGGGAUUAUUGAAUUCCCUGAACAUAAGCUAAAUUUCAAAGAUGAGAAUGGUGAUAUCAUAGAGUAUUGGCAGAAGUACUAUGAGGAAAGAAGUCUCGAAAUCCCACAAGAUGAACGAGGUUCUCAUCCGGCAUCACUUCGUAGGUCACCACUUGCUUCAGAUGAGGCUGACCAGACAUCUUCAGAAGCAGAUGUUGAAUUGCAAAGACGUUACCAAUGCACUGCAUUAUAUUGGUGGAGCUGCUGUGAAUUUGACAGCUGGGAAGAAGUUCGAGGUCAUCGAACCGAGAAG